AUGUUCGCCCAUCCCCUGGCCAAGGUCUCGGGCACGCUCAUCUUCAGCGAAACACCUCUCUUCAACGUACGAGAACCCCGGGGCAACGCGGCUGUCAUCGUUGCCUUCAACAACGCCACCAAACCCCAACAGGAUGAUUAUCUGGCCCUGUAUGCGCAGGACUCAGACUCUCAGGGCGACGCCCGCGUGAUCGAUAUAUUUAAUUCCAACGCCUGGCAAACCGGACCUCGAACCUCGAUCUGUCCGCAAGCUGCGCGCUUCAACCAUGCAUGUGUUCCAAACGCUAGCUUUGCUUGGAACUCCCGGAUAUGCCGCAUUACAGUCCAUGCCAUCGUCGACAUCCCGGCUGACACUCAGAUCUACCUGAGCUACGAGCGACCCUAUCAAACAAAAGAUGAACGCGCCGAGAAGCUCGCUGCAUACGGAUUCGCUUGUUCCUGUGCGGCGUGUGGAAGCAAUGCUGCGGCUAGUGAUGUUCGCAGAGCACGUAUGGCGAAGCUGAAUGCCAGAAUUCGAUUUGAAAAGCGACAACUAUGGAGGUCUCCGGUACCAAGAGCAGCAUUAGAACUAAUCAGGCUGCUGAAAGAAGAGGGUCUAGUAGGCGAAGCUCUAGGUCUCGCUUAUCACGACGCAGCUGAAGGAUGGAGAAGGCAUGGUCGGCUAGACAUGGCAGUGAUCUAUGCGGUCAAGGAGCUGGAUGUGUCGGUCAUGUGUUUUGGGCAGAACUCGCCAUGUGUCGAUGCUUCGAUGGCUUUCUUGCAAGAGCUGAGAAGUCGGUUUGCAAUGGAGGUGGAAUCCAGAAAUGAGCAAGCUUGACGAUAAUUGUGCCGGUCCGUUGGGGCUAGAGACGAAAUUGAGCCGAUUCACCAGCUCGAAGAACAACCGGCAAACUCGGCAUACCAAGGAUGUGCGCUGCAGCAGGUUCUCAGUAGAUAUUAGGCAGUCCGCACUGCAAGCGGGCCAAUGACAGACUGGUCAGCUGAUGUGACAUAUCAAGGCGACUUCUACACAGCCACUUUCUUCACAUUACAAACUGUCACCAUACACCAACGUACUCAAAGAGGGAUAAUGAGAUGACAUUUUAACGAAAAGUUUGAUCUUAC